AUGUCCAGGAAUAAUCAAGCUGAUCAACUCAUUGUCAACGCCCUUAAGAGGAAAUCCGCUACUCCAGGUCGACCCCCCAAAGUAUACUCUCCUCGGUCUCAGUCACCUUUAAAUCCUCCUCCUCCAUCUUUCGGUAUUGGUACUUCGUCCAGCAGUCAGACUGAGCCAAGUCAUAAUAAACAAUCUCGCUCUUUAACUACUCCCCAGGGUCAGCUCAGUACACACAGAGAUCUCACCGUUGUCCGCCCUGACAUCAUGUCCUUACCUAACUCUCAGUCCCUUAACUCCGGAAUCCCUCCUGUGUCUGCCAUUGCUGUUACUUCACCAGAGUCUGGGUCCUGGACUGAACUUGUGAUGGGAACCCCCUCAUCUUCCUUAUCAUCAGGACAUGUUUCGGCGCCUGAUGCUUCUCCAGCUGUUCCAAAAUGGUCGCCCUCUCAUCCCGGAGCAGCCAUGUCAAUCGAUGAUCAGAUUAUGACAGCGAGACAAGAGGCUGCUGGGCGACUCCGAAUUGUCAACAUCUCCUCCGAAUCGUACUCAGUGCCACUUCCUUCCCCUCGAGUCUUAGAAGUAGAGGCACCUCGCCUCGACGCCAGUCUUGGACACAGCAUACGCCGUCUUGAAGGUUUCUGCCGUGUACCGAACCCCGAUCUGCUGAAUGACGAUCGCUAUGAACAGUUUGAGGUUGCAUUCCAUCAUAUUCCGAAGGCGUUCGACUCAUUGCGCCAGGACUACCUCAUCGAGGCCCAGUAUAUCUCAAAAUGUGUGGAGGUUGAAUGGUUGGAUCCCCCAGGCUUAUUGCCCGCCGAUAUUCGGGGUAGACACGGCCUCUUUUUUGUCGACGAAAGGGCAUUGGCUACGUUUCCAGAUCGGAUGGUUUGGCGUUCCGUCUUUCGGUGCAGCGGCAACUGCAACCAGAUUCAACCGGAGUCAGAGGCGAGGGAACAACAUGCCGGGUACGAAAUCAUACGAAUGACACCCAGAAGUAUCCAAAGAGGUGUAUGUACCCUCAUCCGCCCCAAAGCUGUCUAUCACGGUCAGCCAAACCCCCUGGCAUUGCUUCGAAUUUCUCCACAUCUCCGAAACUUGCUCCAUGACGCUGCAACACUAGUGGGAACCACCGAAUCCCGCCUCCGAAUUCGGUGGUAUACUUCGUUCUGCAAAAUACACCCCUAUGUUUUGUGGGUGAAAGCAAAUUACCCCGAGCGUCUGCCUACUGCCAACGACUUCCAGACAGCGAUCAGAACAGCGCUCCGACAAGAAAGGUUAGAUAGACUGCCACUUGCAGCAAUUAGUAUCCUCCAUUCUACCAAUCCGGAAUCUUUUCUUCACUGUGAAUAUCCCAGGGGGCUUGUUCUUGGUGGGGCCCAACCCUUUCCCGAAGACAGCAAUUUUGUGGCAAUUGUCAGUCCGAAGCACGCUUUGCAAUCAGCCAUUCGCCAUGCCUCAGACCGGGGUCUCUUCCUUGAUUCAUCGUGGCGAAAUAAGAAUGCUAUACGUUGUCCUGUGACCUUUUUAGCAACGGUCAAUGAGUAUGGUCAUAUGGUCCCUGCUGAUAUUGGGACAGUCGCUGUCAUGGUCUCCAAUCACGCCAACACUGAUACAUACAUUGAGUUUUUGACCGUCGUCCGAAAGGCAAUCAAGAAGGAAGCAAAAGCAUUGGUAAAGGGCAAAUCCUCCGUGGUAUCCGAAUACGAGGAUGCAGAAACAAUCCUUCUUAAUGCCGAAGACAUCACCGAAGACGGCUUUCUUCCUCUCCAUUUCAUGAUCGAUUGCGAUGACGCUGAACGAAAUGCCAUUGAGCAUGUAUUCCCCGGUGCUCCGAUUCGGUUGUGCCAGUUCCAUUUCAUGCAUUCCGCCCGAUCUCGAGCCCUUCGUUUAUUUGGCAGCGACCUACAAGGGACCGAAAAGGCUUUUGCCUUCCUGGUCGCACUUCGGAGAUGUCAACGGUGUAGUGAAGAAGAGUCUUGGCCAGAGGCUUUUGCGCAGCUCGAAGCGGAGGUUGUCUCAAUCAGCAAUAACAACCGCGAAAACUGGGACAAGAUCCGAACUUGGCUCCUGUCUGAGUGGUUCAGUGACAGAUGGAGGAACUACCUUCUUGAUUAUGGUCUGCCAGCUCAUCACACCCGGGAUGGUACCUUGUCAACGAAUAAUUUUGUCGAAGCGGCUUUUCGGACGUUCGACAGAGUAUUCCUUGAAUCUCGUGCAAACAAACGUACCGACAAACUCCUCGCCAUCAUCAUUGACGUCUACUUCCCCAUGUAUCUCCAUUCACCACCCACUUCUGGCCGCUGUGAUCCUACUGUUCUUGGACACAUACUUCGGGGCCUUGAACUGUGGGAGCAAGGAGCGGUACAUGAAUGUUUCGGAGACGAGAUUCCAAUCUCGAUAAGGGGUCAGUUCGACCACACGUUUUGUGUGACAGCAGCCACUUCGGGCCAGCCUUCUGCCAACAAACAUUACUGUGGUGUGAAGGACGAAACUCGUGAGCGAUGCUCCUGCAAGUAUUUUGCCGAAACGGGGAAGAGGUGCUCUGGUCUGUGGGCACUCUACUGCUUUCGGAACUGCGGUACCUCCGAAGAUUAUACAAGAGGCGUCACAUCAAAUGAAAUACGUAUGCAGAGCCGAGCUGCGCAGGUCUCACGACGAUUAGCCGACUUAUCAUAUUCAGCGGAUCAAGAGGACCUGGUGGCGUACUGGGGACAUGACCCCUCAGAGCCUGUGUGGCAUGAUUGGUCCUCUGAACAACCUCCGAAACAUGGCAAGCUCAUCAACAUCGACAGUAGCAGCCUUGAUUUUGUGGAGCCUGACUCUCCAAUAGGCCGCCGAAACCGAUUCCAAACCGCAAACACUGAGCCCCUUUCAAAUACUGCUUCGGUGAUCCAACCGAAACCGGAGGCUGAUAAGGGAGGGCGACCCGCGGCUCACCGUGCGUUACAUCCUUAUCGUCAGAAGACUGCCCCAUCAAAAGCUGGUAUUCGUCGGGAAGCCCUCCCUUCGCGAGAACGCCCGGUUGGGGCCAAGAAUUAUCUCCAAUCUUGUUUUGCCCUGUCCUUGUUUCAUGUGAUUCUCCGAAUCCCAGCCUUUGUGACGGCUUUCAAUGAAAUCAAAGACGCUCUUCGGCCUCAUGCUCCUUCGUUAAUUGUCCUUCUCGAAGACUUCUACAAGGCAAUUUCGGUGUCAAAGCGUGUAGUCGAUCUUAAAGAAAUUGUCCCCCUUCUCCGAAGUGAAAGUUUGAUAGACCAAGAGGCUCAACAUGAUCCCUGCGAACUGUUUCUCAACCUGAGUGGCCGAAUCAAUCAGAUAAUCGAACAGAAUCCGAUUCGGAAAACCUUUGAAUUCGGGGUAACCUGGGAUUACGUCUUUCAGCCCUGUGCUCACUUUGCCCCGGUCGCGGUAGAGCUACCCACCCUGGAGAAACAAAUAGUAGCAGCCACUCGAGCUCGAGCCAAAAUGACACUUCACAAGGAAAACCUACCGCCCAUGUUGCUCUUCAACAUUGUUUGGGACCUCCGAAGUUCUUCUCUGCAUCAAGUAAUUCAAUCAUUUGAUAUUCCAAACAUGAUCAACCCGGCUCAGAUUUCGGCUGUCCCUCCUACCAUACUCCCCACCAAUCUGCCAAUGUACAGACUCAAGGGAAUGCUCUGCCGAAAGGGAGAUACGGUCCAGGUGACCAGUGGCCACUAUGUGGCUCUGAUCAAGGAUGACGUAGCAUUGUGGGAGAUUGAUGAUGAGACCACUUCUCGCAUGUUUCUCAACAGGGACGCAUUUACUGGGACACGAUUCCCAGUCUUACUGUUCUAUGCUCUUGAAGAUGGCGUCAACCAGGGGGCAAGUCAACCCCUUGCCAAGAAGAGAAAACUGAAUAAGUCGAGUUCCAAGGUGAACGAGGCAGCAAACGGUGCUGGUGUUGGUUCAACACCUUCCGAAGUGCUGAAAGCUCAAAAUCAGGAAUCAAAGGGGCAAGGUAGUCAGGCUCCGAAUUCGGAACUACUUGAAGCUCGUCCUCCGAAACCCAACACUCCAAAUGAGGGCCUUCCGAUUUUGACCGAAAACCAAGCUCUCCCAGCCACAGUUGUCCUCUCCACGACCUCGACCACCAUCAGUGCCCCUACAGACUCCAACGCAGGACAGCCCGACGUUGUCCCUCACGAGACCAACCCCACCAUGUCCACAGUUCCCCAAGAUAUUGAGCCACCUGCCAACAAACCUCCCGAAACCAUGCCAUCUUUAUCAGAUGACGUCCUACAGAAGGGUGGAUCCCAGGUUGUGUCCGAAAGCCACCCAGAAGCUGUCAAGUGGCGUUCAGGCGACACCCAUCAUCCUCUCAUUUCUGUCAACACUUAUGAAGAUGUUGAUAGCCUUUCGGAUGAACUCGUCGAGGACCUAUCCCGCCAGAUUGAAGCUGGCUUGAGGGAUUCACCCCAAGAGGAGACCCGAAAGGGGUUGAGACUACAGGGUCUAGUGUCUACAUUUGAUGCAGAGACUUUGGCCAAGUUUCAUGGACGGAUGAAGUGGUACACAAACUUCGGGAUCGAUGAUAUUCUGCUGUCAGUGUCAGCAUUCAUUCGGAGCUGUGUCAACCUUGGGAUUGGAAAGUCUGAUUCCAUACCAAGCUCAUUUGUUUACCGAACACUAGCGGCUGGGGACAACUGGAAUCCAUACACACCUGGUGGUACUCCUUGGCUCUCACUUGGCAAGGAUGGGCAAUGGAGAAGGGAAAUCACCGUUGGAAUUUUGAUGGGUAAAUCACAUUUCGGAACAUUGGUUAUCUUCGGGCCUCAAAAGCUGGUAUUAAUGUAUGAUGGUGCUGGUGGAAUCUAUGACUCACCAGAGCAGAAGAAGCAAUGGUCUCAUCUGCUAGAGCGACGGCUGGAUUGGGAAGUGAAGAAAGGAAUAGCGACCGAAGCCGAGGCAAUGGGCUGGUUGGUUGCUGUGAACUCUCAGGCUACUAGGGACAGUCUUGAAUGGGCUACUCAAGUCGACUCUCAUAGCUGUGGACCUCUCUCAUGUGCAGCUGCAUGUCUUCUUCUCCAGGGAAUCAAACCUACCGCUUCCGCUCUUGGUCUGAAAUCAUCCAAUCUAGCUAGGGGCGAGAGCAGGAAGCUCCGAACUAGCGUGCUUCAAUUGGUGUUGGCAAUGGCUGCAAGGGAUCCAGCAAAUGAGAUUUUCUUCACUCCGAAAGUGAAGAAACAGCUGGAGAAGUGUGUGCCUCCCAUGACUUAUUACAUAGAUCGUCUGUAG